AUGUCGGUUGCAGUGUGCUUUAGUGCUGUGGGUGAGAUGUGGGUGACUUCUAUUCACGAAGCGUACAGCAAGACAGAUUACGAUCGACAUUUCGAGGAACUGUUGGAGCGCGUGGAAACAUUGUUGAUCGGGAUCCUGAGGAUGAGACUGAAUAAAGAGACUUUGGACCAGGUGGCCCAUUAUCAUUCUCUCCUGGAAAAUGUUCGACGUUUAUCUGCAGGGGAUGGGAAAACAAUGGAAACGACAAUGUCGACGGAGACGAAGCUGUUUCUACGUAAAACCGAGGAAUUAUCGACACUGGUGACGGCCAUGAAAACGCUUCAGGCUCCCUGUGAAUUGGAAUUGCUGGAGAUCGAGGAGAAACUGACCGAUCUAUCGAUCGCCAUGGAGAAAGACAAAUGCCUGAACGCAGGCGGAAAAUUCGAGUGGGUUGACAGUGUGCUUGUGAAGUGCCUGCAAAAUGGCACAUGGUUACUACUGGAUCAGGUGAAUCUCUGCAGUCCAGCAAUUUUGGACCGAUUGAACGGACUGCUGGAACCAAACGGUGCUCUAACGAUUGGCGAGAAAGGCGUCGAUCAAGGAGGAAACGUGUUCACUGUGAAGGCGCAUAAGAACUUCAGAUUAUUCCUGGCUAUGGACCCUCGUCACGGAGAAAUAUCCAGAGCCAUGCGAAACAGGGGUGUAGAAAUCAGCAUACCAACCCCGCACCACGUCCUCCCGUGCAAUCCAUUAGACGUAGCGUCUUUGUUGAACAGUUGUGGGAUAAGAAGUGUAGAUCAUCAAAAACUGAUCGAAAAAAUCCACGAAAGCUUGUACGACAAACAGUACAAAUUGAACGAGAUGCUGCAAGUGGCGUCGUUCACCAGUCAGCAAAUGUUGAAGGGAUUCACUUUCGAAAGAUCGUUAAGGAACUCUUAUCGUGAACUUUGCGGGACGUUCGACUGGAGAUCGAGAAAGGAAGCAUCAAGGAAGAUCGAGGAAAUUUUGUCAGAGUAUGCGGAGAACGAGGGAGGAGCUGAGGUUCUUUACGAUCUCAACGCCAUAACCUUGAGAAUGUGCGAUCUCCGGAGGAACGCGAGGCUAGCGGUGAUCAGACAGCAGGGAUUUCUUUUGAAGUAUGCAGUGGAGAAGCUGAGGUCGAAAUUCUACAGUCACCUUUUGCUCGAUUUUUACGAACGAUCGUCGCUGGACGACCUGCAGAUACGACGAAUGUGGAGCUGUGAUACGUUUUCGAAAAAUAAAUUAAACGAACUCGCAGAGAUAAACGAAUAUCUGAGUGGCGAAGUUGAGAAUUUGGAGUUUUUGUUCCGAAAUAAAUCAGCUUUAGAAGUUCCAUUGAGCCUACUAGAACCGACAACUUUAUCCAAUAAUUUGACCAUCGCGAUGUAUUUUCGAUUGAUGACACUUGAAUGUCAAUCAGAGAAGAACCUCCAGAAGAAGAAAGAUAUUAUUGAUCUAAAGGAAUACUCGUCUGCUGUUUGUUCAGGAAGACUAUCGACAAACUUGAAGAACGAGCCGCUGAUACUAAAGUUCGCAGAACUGAUCGAGCAGUCGGGAAAAAUCAUCGACAUCGUCCUCCACGACGAGCAUUUAUCGAUAAACGACAAAGAAUACGUGGAAUUAAGAGACAGUUUGAAAUCGUACAUUAGAUUCCACGAUUUGGGAACGAUAGAGCUGGUGGACAAGUCGCAAGGCACAUUUUUCGAUCUGCGAGAGAUCAUUUCGUCGCUGGAAGUCCACUACAAAUGGCUGGUAAAAUUCUUCAAGAAGUUGUUCGCGCUAUUCGACGGGAAAUUAUGCGAUCGAAAGACGCAACAAGAAUUCACCAACUUUUCGAGCAAGUAUCUGAACCUCCUGACCGACGUAGAUAAAUUUCGAAAAAUUCGAAAGAAGAUCAAGAAGCUUCUGUUGGUUCCGUCGCCCCAUUUCUCCGAAGAUUCGAUGAAUUUCCACGAGAAAUUGCGAUCGACGUUGAGAAAGUUCGAAAUCAACGAGGAGGACGCGAUCGAUGUCGCGAAAACACGGUCGAAGGUGGUUUCCAUCGUGGAAAAUUCGACGGUGAGAGAGAAAUUGAUCGAGAUUUGCGUGAAGAAGUUCAAAGAUACCGGAGAAGGUUCGAACAGCGCGCAGGAUUUGGUAGAAAUUGACGAACUGGCCGGAAAGAUUGCAGAUGUGACGGAAAUUCGGGAGAAUUCUGGUAAAAUGAGCGAAGAUUCUAGGGAAGUGGAAAUGUGGCCGAUUUACGAAUUCUUCUUUCUGCUUUUCACGUAUCGUUUCCAGGGGAAAUUUUGCGAGGAAUUCUCGAACAUCGAGGAAAUUUCACAGAAAUUCCAUCGGGAUUCUUCUAACGAAAUUUCCGAUACUCUGAUGAUCUGUGACGAGUCGAACGAAAAAACCGGCGAAACUUUUGGAAAAAUUUACGACGAACGAGUGUUGAAGAAAUUCGAAGAAGUUCCAACGAUACCAGCACAUCUGAUUAGUUUGAUGAAAGCUUUGAACUCUGACGAAACGAUGCCCAAACAGAGAAUUUCUCUGUUCCUUGAAUUGCUGUUCUUCAUCGAGGAGUUCACAGAACGAUCGUUCGCUGUGAAAAAUUCGAAUGUCCUUUUGCAUUGGCACGAUCGUACAGAGACAGAAGAAGGAGAAAAAGAUGCUACUAAUAUCUUGGAGACAAGCUUCAUGAACAAAUCAACCCUCUGCAACCUGAUCUUCGAGCUCUUCCUAACAAAAUCCGGGAACAGGCGGGAAAUAAUCAAUUUUGGAAACUACAAAUAUCAGAAAAGGCUGUUAAAAUCAAUUCAAACAUUACUAUGGAAGAAUUCUUUGAUUUUAAAUUCGAAUGAAUUCAACAUCUCUAAAAACGAUUCCAUCCUCCUGCAAUUUUACAUGAAUUACUAUCUAUCUGCCAUCAAGAAAGUGAUUAACGCUAACGAGGAGCAAAAGGAUUUAAAAGAUCGUUUCAUCGAGCCAAUGAAGCUGUUGCAAAAAAUCCAAGAAAAAAUGAAAAACGAGAAUAGCGUCGUUGAAAGAGGGAAUGGCUGGCUAAUCCUUGGCUAUCUGCAAAUCUUCCUCUUCCACGAUCUAGGAUCCAUCGAUCCCGUACAGAAGAUCGCUCUCAAGUCCAAGUACAUCCGCGAGAAUAUCUCCGAACUCGAAUACCUAAUCUGUGUUGAAAAUUUACAGUCUGUUAUCCUUGCAACCUGUUUGUCAAAGGAUCGAAAAUUAUCGAGAGUAAAUCAUCUAAACGAAUCGUCGAACGAGGCGAAAAAUUUCGAGAACUUCCACGCUGCUAGGCCAACGUCGAGCUUCCAAAAUCUGAGGGAAGAAAUCGGGAAUUUUGCGGGGAACAUAGGCUCCUUCGACACCAUUUUCAAGCAAAUGAAUCAUUUAAACGACGUCGCUGAACAAUUGCAAAGAAAAGAAUCGCUGGCGUCGCACAGAGAAAAGUUGCACGAAGCAAUGAUCUGGAAGAGAUCGUUGGAGAGGUUCUCUGGAAAGUUGGAGAAGAAUUUUCUGGUCGGUUUUCCAGACUUGGUUUCACCAAUGAUCGCCGCCAUUUCGAAUCUGCACCGUGGUGUUUCCAUUUUGAUUCACGAGCUGUCGAACAUGCAAUUCCAGAGCUCAAACAGCGACGUUUGCUACAAUUUGUUACGUUUUCCUGCAGUAGGUUUGUGUCAGGAGAGUUACAUAAACUUGGUGAAGCUGUGCUCUUCGGAGAAACUGGUUUUCAUCCUUGCAAAACAGUCGAUAUCGAAGUCUGUUCAAAAAGACAGGUUCACCAUGAGCAAAAUUGCGUUGAAGGAGCUUGAAAAUUUGUCCCUGGUAGCUAGAGACCGUUUGAAGUCCCUCUGGGAGGAAUUAAACAAGAUCUUUAUGAAGAUUAGGAUCCUGUGGAAGGAGCAAGAGAAACAGAGAGAAGAAGAGAUGAAAGAGAAGCAGAGCUUGUUCAAAACAAAGAUUGGAACAAAGGAGGAAGAAGAGUCAGAUUUCAGGAAAAUGUUUCCAGGCUUUCAACAGGACUUCCUUGAGCUGGCAGAAAUGUUUCCAGGCUCUCAGCAAGACUUCCAAGAACUUCAAAGAAUACCAGAAAGUGUCUCAGAUGAAAAGGAAUCCUUCGUUGAGCUAAUAUCCACCAAAGAUGCCAGAAAGAUUCAGGAGAUCCACUGGAACAUCUUGAGAAACUCCUCUUUUAGUGAAAAAAAUUCAAAAACUUCUUUAAUUAGAAGAAGUAAAAGUAGUUUAAAAGCAUCUGAAGCCAAUUCAGAACCUGAUUUUAUUGAACCUCUGAUAGAGAGAUUCCAAUUGCUGGGACCUUCUGUGAAUACUUGGUCAGAGAACUUGUCCUCACAGUUGGUGUGCAGUUUAAACGUAUUAAUUUCACAAAAAUGCAGUUUUGAUGAUAGAAAAGGAGACAAGGAGGUCUAUGAUUUCUAUAGAGAUCCAAAUAUUCCAGAAAUAGAAGAAUGCCAACCGUGUUUUGACAAAUUUUGUGCAAGGAUCAACGAGUUGUUGAAAGAGUGGCCUGAAAAUCCCAUUUUAAAUUCGAUCAAACUGAUCGUCGACAGGCUCUUCAGCUUCUCUGUUGACUCUUCGUUAUCUAGAUUUUUGGUAGGCGUGGAAUUGCUUCUAACAAAGAUCCAACAGUGGGAAGAAAACGCUCAUCUCGGCGUCAGUCUAGCAGAAUUCAUCCAGUUUUUCGGUGAAAAGAUCCUUCGUUGGAGGAAACUUGAGAUCUCAAGGUGGAAAGACUCUUUGGAAGUGCUUGAAGAUGAUUUGAAGACAGAAGCCUCAAAGUGGUGGUUCUUUUUGUUCAAUUUGAUUGAUCAGUACCUUAUAGAUGAUAUUGAACAAUCAUUAGUAGAACAGAGUGAUAUAUUAGAAGAUGUUAAACAGUCAGAAGUUUCAAAAGAGAAAAUGAUUGAAAGCUUGGAACGUUUCUUAACAGAAUCGACUUUGAUCGAAUUUGAAGCAAGGCUUCAAUUAAUCUACCUGUUCUAUCAACACAUUGGCUACUUGAAGGAAAGUAAGAAGCAAAAGGAACUGUCUGCAAUCCUCUGGAACGUUUACUUCUACUACAAUCAAUUCCUCGGUGAUGUUCAAAAUAAAAUAAAGGUUCUAAAAGAGCCUGUUGCCAAGAAAUUAAAGGAUACAAUUAAAAUUACAAGAUGGAACGAUAUAAGCUAUUGGUCUGUGAAGAAUACUGCUGAAAAAACGCGUAGAACUUUGCACAAAUUUGUCAAAGAGUUCCAAAAAGGCCUGAAGGAAAAUGUUGCAUCUUGUUUGACCCUUAAGACCAAAGCAGAGACUCUGGAAAUGAGUUCAAGAAGAGAACUCAAUUCUUCUGAUUUUGUGAUCAACACGCAGUCAGGAAAAUUAAAGAAAAUUCAGAAAUUAACUCAUAAAGCUCGACUUUUCUGUGAAAACAUUAUUGUGAGAAGUAAUUAUCCCCAAAUUCGAAAGGACAUUGAAACUUUCAUAGAAGAGUCUCUGGAGGAAAGUAAAAGACUAAAAAAUUUGGAAGUGGAUAAGACCUUGACAAAAGCUAAACAACAAUCUCAAUUAAAGAGUAUGCUACAACAAAAAAAAAUGGCUUUAGCGAAUUAUUUCAAGACAUUGAGUCGACUUGGAAUUUCUUAUAGGAUCGGUAUUUUAACUUGGAAAAAUCGAAAGAACCAGAUCACUAAUUUCACAUGUACUCCUCUGGAUCUGCAAGAAAUCCAAAGGUUUGAAUUUAAAGGAUUCGAGAAUAAAAAUGUAGAGAAAGGGUUGAUUGAACAGUGGUCUGAUUGUAACAGAUACUACUAUGAAUCUUUGGUUAAAUUCAACUUCCUUGAUGGCAUUUUGAAUUCUGGAAAAAGCGAUCUGGGAAUACAAAAUGCAGAACGUUGUCGUGGACUUUCAGUUCAUCUUGUGCUGCUGGCUCAUCGACAGAAAGAAACGAUCGCCAACUUCUUCAAACAUUUCCUCCCAUUUAGAAUCCAGGUGUCGAAUCUCAUAGUAAUGAGGCAGGACGCGAUUAAAAAAGUUUCGCAUGCGAGUGACAUGGACACAACCACUUCAGAGGUCGUUGAACCUGAAAAUAUUAAUAUUCCUAGGCAGAAGAACCUGCAAAUUGUCAUGAAGAAUUUCCAGGCAUUGUUAGAAGUAUUGCAGAUAUCUGUGAGACAAAGUAUAAUCUUUUUGGAAAGUUGUCCAAUGGAAUCUCUGGCAGAAGAAAAUCUUCUUGACUUAAAUGAAGCUGCAGUGGCUGUUUUGAAAGAAAAUAGUGUUUCAACAGAUUUAAUUACUUCAAUGAAAGAUUCUUUGAACCUGAUUAAAUAUAUGGCAAGUGAAUUGAACACUUGGAUCACAAUUUCCAAGAGAGUUGAAGAGUCAGGCCAAGUUUUCUUGCUUCAUCAAAGACACAUUGACUUUCUUCAAGCAAGUUAUCAAAAAAUAAGUGAGAUUAAAAGAAGAUUAAUCGAUUUUAGGUGUACCUUCACACUAGAUCAUCCUAUCACCGAGAAUCUGAAUUUCUUAGUGGAAAAACUUGAUGAAAGUAGUGAAUUAUUUAAGUCAACAUUUAAUUCACCAAUAGAAGAGCUUGAUAAAUCUAAUAAUUUAAAGCUGAUACAGCAGAAAUCGAUCGAAGGAACAGAUGAUCCUGAGAAAGAAUCUACUGAUGAUGUAGAUUUUCAAGAGAAUCUGAUAACAGAAGGCUUAAUAGAAUCAUUAAAAAAAGAUGUUCCAGAUCUACGAUUGAAGACUAUAUCACAAAUAUUUGGAGAACUGAUGAAAAUUAUUGAAGAUAGCGAUGUGAAGUCUGCAAAUGACUAUACACGCUCACUUCUGCAACAUGUGCCUCUUUUAGAACAAUACGUUCUCUUCCUGCAUUAUUAUUUGCAUGAACAAGUGGCAUCUUUCCGUCUAACCUGCAAAUUCCUUUAUCUUCAACUAAACGUCUUUCUGGAUUUAGCAAUACAUGGAUUUUGUCAACCAGACAACAUGGAUGCUCCUAAAGAUGAUCAAGAGAGUGGUAUAAAAGAGGGAGGAAUGGGAUUGGCUGAAGGAGAAGGCCAAAAAGAUAUUUCAGAUCAAAUUGAAAGUGAGGAUCAAUUAGAAGAGACCAGAGGUCCAAACGAGGAGGAGAAAGAUAAGGAGAAGAAAGACACAAAGGAGGAAGAAAAGGGUAUAGAGAUGUCUGAAAAUUUUGAAGGUCACUUGCAAGAACUUGAACCAAGGGAAGAAGAAGAAGAGAACAACGAGGAAGAUGAUGAACUUGAUAAGGAAAUGGGCGAAACUGAUGAAACCGCAGAGAAGCUUGAUGAAGAAAUAUGGAAGGAUGAAGAGGAAGAGGAGGAGGAAGAAAAUCAGGAUGAGGAAAACAAGAAAGAAGAGAAAGGAACUGGUGAGAAGACUGGACAGGAGGAAUUAAGUGCAAAAGAUGACACUGAUAAAAAUAAGGAUAAAGAUGAGGAUGAGGAAAGUGGUGAAAAGAAGGAAGAAGAAGAAAAGAAGGAGAUUAAUGAACUAGAUGAACCUGAGGCAAACGAUGAUCAGAUAGAUCCUUAUCAUGGGAAACAUCAACCAGAGCCAGAACCUGAAGCCUUUGAUCUUCCAGAAGAUAUUAAUUUGGAUGAAGAAAUGAAAGAAGACAAUCCUGAAGGUGAAGAAGAAAAUCCUUUCGACAUUGAUGAAAUGAAAGAGCCUCGAAUUCCAGAAGAAAAAGAAAACGAAGAAUCUGAGGAGAAAGAAGGUCCUGAAGAGGAUAAAGAACAGGAUUCUGAUGAUAAUGAUGAUGAAGGUGCUGAAGCAGAAGAAGAAGAUCCAAAUGCAGAGAGUAACAAAAGAAAAGACGAAAAAGUGAAGGAUCCUGAUGAGGAUAAAAAAGAUGAGGCAGAUGAGCAAAAUUUGGAGGAAGAGAAUCAACCAGAAGAGGAGAAGGCACCAGCUAGUUCGGAUGCUGGUAGUAAAGAAGUUGAUGCUGCACAAGAACCUGAAUCGAGAAAAGAUGGCUCCAGAGAUGCAGUAGCAAGUCAGUCAAGUGAAGAACAGAUGGAAAUAAAUCGCACAGAGAGUAGUGUAGAUGAUAGAAAAGACAAAGGAACUGGUCAGUCGCAAACAGAAGAACGUGAAGGACAUUCUGGAUCUAAACAAGAAGAGAACGCACCUACUACAGGCGAGGAAAUAACUUCAAAAGCUGUUCCAAAGCGAAGAAAACCAGGCGAGAGCAAUGAAGAUCGUAGUUUGCUCGACGAUGACACUCAACCGUCUGCGAAGAAAUUAAAAACUGCUCUAACGCAAAAGAAUAUAGACCGCUGCGAAGAAAGAGAGACUAAUGAAGGAGGUGGUGAAAGUACAACUUAUGAGCAUAUUAAAAACACUGAAAAAUUUGAUGAUUAUGUCUUUGAUGCCGCCACUGAGGAGCAAGUUAAAAAACAAGCAUCAAACUUGGAAGAAGAUAAAAUGGAUGAUAAGCUAGAAGAUGAGGAUACUAAAAUGCACGAAGAUCCCAUAGAAGAGGAUAAAGAAGAAGAAGCAAAGAAAGAACAAUCUCAAAAAUUACCUGAAAGUAAAAAAGAGAAGUCCACAAAUGUCAGAGGUCAAAGGUCAGAUGAUAUUGAACAAAUGGAAGUGGAAGGUGAAGUGGAGGGUGAAACAGUGGAAACAACACGUGUUUUGCGUGGAAAUGAAUCCAGCAUUCAUACAAAAUUACCAGAAACAGAAUCUUACGAUAUUUCCACAAACGAUAUUGCACAAAGGAGGUCCGAAAUUGAAAAUAUGUUAAGUCAGUUGUCUCAAGGAUCAUCUUCAGUUGAGGCAGCAAAUGCUUGGAGUUCAAUAAGCGCAUUAACAGAAUCAGCUGCUAGGGAAUUGUCAGAAAAGCUGCGAUUGGUAUUAGAACCAACCCUAACCUCUCGAUUAAAAGGUGAUUACAGAACUGGCAGGCGUAUAAACAUGAGAAAAGUAAUUCCCUAUAUCGCUAGCGAAUUCCGAAAAGACAAAAUUUGGUUAAGACGUACGAAACCAUCAAAGAGAGACUAUCAAAUUGUGUUGGCUAUCGAUGAUUCCAGUAGUAUGGCUGAUAAUCAUUCGAAAGAGUUAGCAUUUGAGUCUCUCUCGUUAAUUGGCAAAGCUAUGACUUAUUUGGAGAUUGGUCAGCUUGCCGUUGUUAAUUUUGGGGAACGAGUAAAUAUCCUUCAUCCUUUCGGGGAAAACUUUACAGACGAAAGCGGUGCAAGGUUAAUUCAAGAAAUGAAAUUUGAGCAGAAGAAAACAAUGAUUGGCCAACUUCUUGAUUUUAUGAUAGAAAUGUUCUCAUCCCAAAGCAGUUCCUCUGACAAUGCAAAAUUAGUAACUAUCUUAUCAGAUGGUAGAGGAAUAUUUUCAGAAGGAGUAGAAAACGUGAAUGCAGCUGUGAGAAGAGCUAAACUACUAAAUAUUUUCCUUGUUUUCAUAGUAGUUGAUAAUCCUCUUAGCAAGGAUUCAAUACUUGAUAUAAGGAUGCCAGUAUUUGAGAACGGGAAACUAUUGGGUAUACGUUCCUAUAUGGAUAAUUUUCCAUUUCCAUUUUAUAUUAUUCUUAGAGAUUUAGACACUUUGCCCGUUGUGCUAAGUGACGCGCUACGGCAAUGGUUUGAAAUCGUAGGCAGAAGUGAUACGUAA